AUGAGUGAAUUUGUUGUGCCUCGACGAGUAUUAUGCGAAUUUUUUAUUAGCCAUGGAACAAAAUCAGAAGAUAUUCAAAAAUGCUUAGAACAACACCACAAUUUGUCGUCUGAAAAAAGUGAAUUAAUUGUGAAACGUAUUCAAAAAACGCUUAUAACAGCGUUUAACGAUCGGUGGACCAAAUCUAACCGAACUAAAGAACGUUUCUUUAGUAAUAAUAUAUCAUGGUUAGACGGUGAAUUUAAGGUACAAUUCGAAGAAGCACCGAUGGAUAUUACACCUACAACAUCUGAAGAACGUGGACGUCCACCAAAGUCUUAUGAAGAUCUAUCAGAGAAAUCGAAAAAAAGAAAGAAUAUGGAACAAUUAUAUUGCAAUCAUUUAAGACGAUUUAACGCUGUGAUUGCUAACAACGGUCUCGAGACAACUUUUUUGGGAAAUUCAAGAAAGUACAACAAAGAUAAGGGAGGUUGUUGUAAAGAUAUAAGUCAAACUGACGGCAAAAGAAUAGAAGAAUGGCCAAAAUGCGAUCCUCCGCCUCCAGCAUGGACAGCUAACUGCCCAAGAGAUCCACAGGCACCUAACUACGAUCCAUACAGAAUUCAAGUUCCAGAUGUUGUCGUCCCUCCUUUACCACCCAGCAAUGCUAAGCCCAUGAUAGACUGUGCACGCACGAAAGGACCAUGCUCUGUCAAGCCCGUCCCAGAUCCACCACCAUGCCCUCCUCCACCACCUCCUCCAUUUCCAUGGAUCUAUGUCUGGUCUAUCGCGUCAUUUUUCGGUCUUAUGGGCUUGAUAUAUAAAUUAUACUUGUGGCGGGAAAUGCAAAUCAAGCUUGGUGAAAAUGUUGUAAAAUGGCGUCCACGCCGUAAAGUGAAGGCUCCACUAUACAGCAAGGACUUGCCAGCUUGCGUUCAGUAUCUGAUAAUAGGAACUGGUGCUGCUGGAUGGGCAGCGUACCGCGCUAUCAUGGAACACGAUAAGACUGCCAAGGUAUUUUUUAUAACGAGAGAAGACUGCUUACCAUACAUGCAGCCUCCAAUGUCUAAGCACAUGUGGUGGAAUCCUGAACCUCCAGAUAUUAAAACGCUUAAUUACAUCGAAGACGACAGAAGACACACUAUGUAUUUUGCCGACUGUAAGACGUUCUUGGAUCCAGUAAAGUUUUAUCGUAAGAAAAAAGGUCCAGCGGUUUCGAUAGCGACAGGCUGGUGCGUGGUGAGAGUAGACGCGGAUGACCACGUCGCCUGGGUAAAGACUUUGUGUGGGGAACAGCCUAUAUACUACGAGAGAUGUCUUCUGGCGCCUGGCGCAAGAGCACUUAACCUCUCAAUCUUCAAAUCCGCUCCGAAACCAGUCCGAGAGAAAGUUUGCACUCUUCGUACUAUCAGAGACUUGGAGAUAGCUUAUAGGCAGGUUAAGGCUGCUAAGCAUGUGGUCAUCAUAGGAGGUGGCUUUUUAGGAUGCGAACUGGCCUGGUAUUUGGGAAGGAUGAGUAAGAUUGUUACUGAAUUAGAACGUCACGAAGAUGAGGAACCAGUAAAGAUCACGCACAUCUUCAAAGACAAGGGUAUCAUGGCGGGUGUUCUGCCCGAGUACAUAGGAGAGUGGGCAGCUGAGAAGAUUAAACGUGAAGAUGUUACUGUUGUGCCUAAAACCCAAGUGUAUGAUGCAUUUGAGACUCCAGACGGAAGAGUUGAGUUGACAUUAUCAAAUGGAACAUCUAUAGUAACAGACUAUGUUUUCGUAGCAAUCGGUACGGAACCGCGGGUAGAAUUAGCCGAACCAUCUUAUUUGGAGCUGGAUCCUGUGAAUGGAGGAUUUUUAGUGAACUCAGAAUUGGAAGCAAGGACACAUUUAUAUGUGGCAGGAGAUGCAGCAAGCUUUUACUCCCAAUGGAAAGACACCCGGCUCCGGUUGAAUCAUUAUGGCAAUGCCGAGGAGCAAGGUUACGCGGCGGGGGCAAAUAUGACUGGUUAUUGGGUACCUUGUAACAUGGAACCCCAUUUUAGACUGACACUAGGAAACUCUUUGGAUAUGGAGGCGGUAGGUGAAACCGGCGCUUGUAUGCCUACGGUGGGUAUCUUCAAGCCUUGCAGUGAGGAUACUAAGCCACAAGCUCCAGCCUCAGGGGAUGGAGACCGGCCUUGUUACAAAAAAUCCGAAGAAUACCAGAACAGGUACAAGCGAGGCAUGCUCUUCUAUCUCAGAGAUGAAACAAUAGUCGGAAUGUUGUUCUGGAACUUGCCGCCUGUUGACGAUCGCUAUGGAGUAGCUACAGAGAUAUUGCGAGCACGACCUACAUACAAGGACAUAAACCUGAUAGCUGAACUGCUCGGUUUCCCGGAGACGAAGUGCGACUACCUCAGCGAGGAACAGCUGAAGGAACCGGGACCUUGCAUUAAGAAUCGAAGAUUUGCCUGAAAUAGAAGAGACAGUUAACUUGGCAUAAACCCUUUUUUUAAGUUUUAUCACAUGAAUCGUGCUGGAAUAUAUUGUUUAUUAAAUAUUU